AUGUCAAGAAGGGAUGAACAUGAACCAGGAAGGUUGCACGUGGUUCCUGAUAUAGAGAAAAUGCUAGCAGGAUUUCGUGUAAUUACUCAAGAAAUGGAGAUGCAAGAGCGCUCAGUGGAUGCACAAUCUAGUUCAUACAGCCUGCCUUGUUCAAAUGAGUUGGCAAGGAGUAGUGAAGAUGGGAAUUCACCUCCUAUGUCAGAGAAAAUGGAGCUCGUUGAAGACAAGGUGAAUUGGAAAGGGAAAACAGCUGUGAAGAGUAUUCAUGGAGGAAUAAGAGCUGCUUCGUUCGUUCUAGUGGCGUUUGGAUUAGAGAACUUGGCAAAUCUUCAUAUGGCUGUGAACCUGGUGACUUACUUCAAUGGAGUUUUACACAUGGAAUCAUCUGAUGCAGCUAAUGCUUUAACCAACUUCAUGGGGACUGGUUAUAUCCUUUCCAUUCUCUUCGCCAUCUUCGCGGACACUUAUAUUGGCAGAUUUAGAACUGUUCUAAUUUCUGGGUUCAUCGAGUUUCUGGGACUAGCAUUGCUCACGGUGCAAGCUCACUAUUCGAGCCUCAGGCCACCACCUUGUAACGUCUUCGAUCCGACUUCUCGAUGCGAGAAGCUCGAAAGUAGUCAUGCUGUGUUCCUCUACGUUGCUCUAUACUUGGUUGCAGCCGGAAUGGGAGGGAUUAAAGCCGGAGUACCAUCCCAUGGAGCCGAUCAAUUCGACGACAAAGACCCUCGAGAAGCUAAGCAAAUGUCCAGUUUCUUCAAUGGUUUAUUGUUUGUUUUGUGUGUUGGUGGUGCGGUUAGUUUAACUCUCUUCGUCUGGCUUGAUGAUCAUAAAGGAUGGGAUGUCGGAUUUGGAGUCUCGUCCAUCGCCAUGUUCCUGGCGGUCGUUGUUGCUGUACUAGGAUGGCCAUUGUAUAGGAUCCAUGUCGCUCAAGGAACUAGUGCUAUUGUGGAAAUCAUUCAGGUUUUUGUUGCAGCAGUCCGCAAUAGAAAUCUUGAACUCCCUGAGGAUCCUUUAGAGCUUUAUGAGAUUGAAAAUGACAAGGAAGCUGGUUUGGAAGACGACUUCCUGCCUCACAGGAACGUUUUCAGGUUUCUUGAUAAAGCAGCCAUUCAAACAGCAUCACAGACACCAAAUCCAUGGAAACUCUGCAGGGUAACACAAGUUGAAAGCGCAAAGAUCAUACUCGGAAUGAUCCCGAUUUUCGCUUGCACCAUAAUCAUGACCCUUUGCUUAGCUCAACUCCAGACAUUUUCAGUCCAACAAGGCCUUACAAUGGAUACAACAAUCGUCGGCUCUUUCCAUAUCCCCCCUGCAUCUCUACCGAUCAUCCCUGUUGUCUUCUUGAUCAUCCUCGUCCCGUUUUACGACCAAAUCAUCGUUCCCCUUCUCCGUAAGUUCACCGGACAUCUCACAGGUGUCACUCACCUUCAACGUAUCGGAGUGGGCCUCAUACUCUCAUCCGUGUCAAUGGCGAUGGCUGCAAUCAUGGAAGUGAAACGCAAAUCCGUGGCUCGAGACCACAACAUGGUGGAUGCUUUACCGGUGCUCCAACCAUUGCCCAUCAGUGUCUUCUGGCUAUCAUUCCAGUACUUCAUAUUUGGAAUUGCAGACAUGUUCACCUAUGUCGGUCUUCUCGAAUUCUUCUAUUCUGAAGCUCCGAAGAAACUUAAAACGGUAUCGACCUGCUUCCUGUGGACAUCCAUGGCACUUGGGUACUAUCUAAGUACCAUUAUGGUUCAGAUAGUGAAUCGAGCUACGAAAGACGAUACGAGAAGUGGGGGUUGGUUAGCAGGCAACAAUAUUAACAAGAAUCAUCUGAAUCUCUUCUACUUGUUGCUUUCUUUAAUGAGUUUGGCCAAUUUCAUUAUAUAUUUGAUUGUUUCAAGGUUUUAUAAGUACAGGUCUGAGAACAAAACAGAAGCAAGCUAG